AUGGUGACGUGCUCCACUAACACACUCCCUUAUUCUUCCACGUGCUCAGCGCAUGACGUAGUUUUCGUGCCAAGAGGGGUUUCCUGCCUCGGGUUGGUUUACUUAUUGACGUGGGCUGAUGGGGAUCGGGCUAGUAACGGUUGGCAUGGGCUGGUUCUGGGCCCGGCUAGUAACGGUUUGAGAUGUAUCAUCAUCCCCCUCUUCUCAAUCAACCUUGUCCUCAAGGUUAGCUGUCGGAUAUGUCUUAUGAAAUUCGUCCCAGUCCUCCCAGGUGGAAUCUUCAGCAUGGUGAAUAGUACAACUGAGAGUGAGAGUGGCAGGAACCGGAAAUUGCUUUUGGGAAUUGGGUAUUGGGUGCAGGGUUUGAGGUGCUUCCCAUGGAUGGCUAUUAAUUUCUUCCUAAAAGAUGGUCUGAGAUUGGAGUCUUCCACUCUGCAGAUUCUUCAGAACUCGGCUAAUCUGCCCAUGGUGGCUAAGCCCUUUUACGGCAUAAUCUCGGAUUCCAUCUACAUUUUUGGCCAACAUCGUGUUCCCUAUAUAGCCCUCGGAGCUCAUUUCACUGUUGCAUUGUCUUGUUUCUUGGAUAUGACCAUAUCCAUAUGUGGUCUAGCUCCAUCUCAGAACUGUAAGGAAAAGUCCAAUGUGCGGUUGUUCAGCUACACUUGGAACUUAGGAUCUAUAACAUCUUUUCAUUCAUUUUUACAAGCAGUGUCAUGGAUAGCCAUAGCCAUAUCUGCCUCGUCCAACAUCUCCUUCUCAUCAAUCACAUUCUACCUCCUUCUUGGGAACCUCGGCGCCUCCAUAGCCGAGGUCGCUAAUGACGCUAUUGUAGCCGAGACUUCACGCCAUCCCUCCAAAAACUCCUCCGGCGAACUUCAGUCUUUCGUCUGGAUGGCAUCCUCUGCCGGGGGCAUUUUGGGCAACCUCAUUUGCGGGGCAGCCAUCAAUCGAUUCACCCCACAGACAAUGUUUUUCGUCUUCGCCAUACUCCUCUGUUUUCAGUUCCUAGUCACGCUGUUCGUCCGCGAAAGCUCCCUCAACCUGCCGAAAACCGAGUCGAAAGUCGAAAUCAAGAAACAGAUACAACAACUCCUCGUUGCUCUCGGCAGACCCGAGAUACUUUACUCGAUUAUUUGGUUUUCGUUUUCAUACGCAGUUAUUCCCGCACUCACGGGCACCAUGUUUUACUACCAGACGCAAAAUUUGAAAAUCGAGUCCUCGCUGCUCGGUUUAUCAAAAGUUUUCGGGCAGAUGGCUAUGCUGUUAUGGGGGGCUGUCUACAAUUCUCGCCUAAAGUCAAUCUCGUCCCGAAAACUGAUCUUGGCCGUACAGGUGGCAAUGUCUGUACUCAUGAUGUCUGAUUUCUUGUUCGUGAAGGGGGUUUAUCGGGAGAUUGGGCUUCCGGACGCUUUAUACGUUGUGGUUUUCUCGGGGCUUCUCGAGGUUUUGUAUUUUUUCAAGAUUCUGCCUUUCAGUGUGUUGGUGGCCAAGCUGUGCCCGCCUGGCUGCGAGGGCUCGGUUAUGUCUUUUGUGAUGUCGGCUUUUGCUUUGGCAUUGAUUGUGAGUGGGUACUUUGGUGUUGCUUUGGCAGCUUUUGUUGGGGUGGAUGGGGAUGAUUUUUCGGGCCUGCCUUUGGGGAUUUUGAUACAGGCGGCGUGUACGCUUUUGCCCGUGUUUUGGGUGUCGUUUGUUCCGGAAGAUGCCGAGCCCAAAUCGAAAUUGAAGGAGAAUUAAGUUUAAGGUAAACCGUAUGAUGAUUUUUUUUUUAUUUUUUUUUU